GGUGCGUGAGGAGCGGUGCGGAGCGGGCGGCAGUCGGUCGCGCGGACACACCGAGCCCUGAGCAGCGACGGCCCCGGCUCCGUCCCCUCCCCCGUCCCCCCCAGCACCAUGGCAACGGCUCGCGGCCCUGCUCGCCUCGGCGCCGCUGUGUGCGCGCUCCUCGCGCUCUCACUCCGGCCGGAGCCCGUCCGCGGACAGGGCGCUGGGUUUGUCAAGUCACCCUUGUCAGAAACUAAGCUGACAGGAGAUACCUUUGAGCUGUACUGUGACGUGGUAGGGAACCCCACACCCGAAAUCCAGUGGUGGUACGCUGAGGUCAACAGGGGCGACUCGUUCAUACAACUAUGGAAUGGUGCUCGGAAGCGACGGGUUUCAAUAAACACAGCUUACGGCAGCAAUGGAGUGAGUGUGCUGCGUGUCACUAGGUUGGCCCUGGAAGAUACGGGGACUUAUGAGUGCAGGGCCAGCAACGACCCCAGGCGGAACGACCUCCGACAAAAUCCAGCCAUUACCUGGAUACGCGCCCAGGCCAUUGUUGACAUCCUACCAAAGCCAAAGAUCCAUUCGACUGAAGAAGUUAUUUUAAAGCCUUCAAACACAGAAAUCAACCUGUAUUGUAACUUGACUUUGACAUCAAGUCCCUGCAACGGCAGUUACUGGAUUAAAGACGGAGAAGAGAUUACUGGGACUAGGAACGUUGCCGCAAACAGCACUGAAUACAAGAUUCUCAAACCGAGAACAGAUAAUUCUGGAGAAUAUCAAUGCGUCUUUACAUUUGAAAGUUCUCCUCCAGUCAAUGCCACAAUUGACGUCAAAGCACGACCGGAAAUCACUGGCCACAAGAAAAGUGAGAAUAAGAAUGAGGGGCAAGAUGCUCUUAUAUACUGCAAAUCUAUUGGAUAUCCCUAUCCUACUUGGACCUGGCAUAAGAAGGUGAAUGAUGAAUUUGUGGAGUUGAAUAACGACACUGGGCGGUACAUGAUCACCAAUAAAGACAAUUACACUGAACUGAUUAUUAAGAAUCUACAUAUUGAGAAUGAUCCAGGCGACUACAUGUGCAACGCCACCAAUUUCCUUGGGGAUAGCUAUGCCAGUACACUACUGCGGGUCCGCAGCCACCUGGCACCCCUCUGGCCCUUCCUGGGAGUUGUGGCAGAAAUCAUCAUUCUGGUGGUCAUCAUUGUUGUUUAUGAGAAGCGAAAGAGACCGGAUGAAGUCCCUGACGACGACGAGCCAGUUUCUGGACCAAUGAAAACUAAUUCCACAAAUAAUCAUAAAGAUAAGAACUUGCGCCAGAGGAAUACCAACUAAACCUUGGUCAUCAAGAUUUUGGAAGAAAAUGUCAUUAUCGGAUAGUGGGUUUCAGCCAAGAACACUCGCGUUAUGUUGUCCAAAUGGGGCAGGUUUUAACUUGUUUGUCUCAGCAGGAAUAAGAUGACGGUGUGAAGCAUGUUUUGCCUUAUUCAAUUUCUCCUGAAGAAUGAAGUAUUAAGAAGAUUGCUUUGCGAGUUUUAAUGAUAGGGUGUACUUUGGGUGCUUAAUGUGCUAUUUAUGCUUGGUUUCCCCAUCCCUAAACUCGCCCUCUCUUGCCCUGUGAUUCUAUUCCCCUGCACAAAUCAUGCAUGCAGUGUUUAUUAUUCCUGGUAUGCUCAUUUGUAAUGUUAUUUAAGCAACUCCACAGUGUGAUCUUUCAUUCUCUCCUUAUACAGCUGAUAAAUUAAUGUCACUCAAAUAGUGUUUGUUUGAAUUUGUAUAUAUUGCAGAUUUUAGAGCUGGCUAAAUUGAAACAUAUAUAUUAAAAAAAUCUAAAUAAAUAAAUAUAUAUAUAUAUAUAUCUACAUUUGUCCCAUUCCACUGAUCUGGUAAAGGUUAAUGCUGAACUAUCUAGUUAUUUCACUGCAAUUACGCCUGUUUUUGAUGUCACCUUUUGUGUAUAAGUAUGGCAUGUUUGUGCCCUAGAGUUUAAAGGAAUAACAUGAUUAGUUUCAAUUUUUUUUAAAAUUAUUCAGAAAUCUGCCCUCUUUAGACUCCUUGGAUCAAAUUUUCACGUUAGUUUUCCUUUUUAAAAAAAACCAAAAUGUACAAAUGCAUGAGGUUCCAGAUUUAACUUUUUUGGUUAUAAUUUCAUCUAGUUCAUUGUACAUGUGGACCCACUGUGAUUUAAAAAAUAAAAAACAACAAAAAUGAACAC